AUGUCACUUUCUUCAAAACGCAAGCGAGCCAGCAAUACUGCAAAUUCUUCCAAACAAGCACCACCAAAUCAUACCGCAGUCGACAAAGAAUCCACACAAAACGCCACCACCACAACUUCCAUAAACUACGAAGACGACGCCAACGAUCUUUCUGCCAAUUCCUCGAACUCGUUUCACACUGACGACGAACCAAUUUCUUCUAAGAGACCGAUUAGAAUUUAUUGUGAUGGGAUAUUUGAUUUGUUCCAUUUCGGACAUGCUAGAAUGCUUGAGCAGGCUAAAAAGGUCUUUAAAGAUCGGGACGUUUAUUUACUUGUCGGAGUUUGUGACGAUCAGUUAACGCACGAGAAAAAAGGGAAGACGGUCAUGGAUGAAUACGAGCGUGCGGAAUCUUUAAGACAUUGUAAAUGGGUUGAUGAGGUUAUCGAGCAUGCACCUUGGGCCAUUGAUCAAGCUUUUUUAGAUAAACAUAAAAUCGAUUACGUCGCCCACGACGAUCUUCCUUACGCUUCGCAAGAUACCGCCGAUGUGUAUGCAUUCGUCAAGGAACAAGGAAAAUUUCUUCCUACACAACGCACCGAAGGUGUGUCCACUUCAGAUCUAAUAACGCGUAUCGUAAGGGACUAUGAUCAAUAUGUAAGAAGGAAUCUGGAGAGAGGGGUUACAGCAAAGGAACUUAAUUUGGGCUUCUUAAAGGAGCAAGAAGUAAACCUAAAAAAAUCUAUAUCUGAAAUAAAAUCUUCAAUCCAUCAAAACUGGCACGGGACAAAAACUGAACUGCGAAAUGACUUUUCAGAGUUGAAAAAUGAUUUACGGCAAACUUUUGCCGUUUGGGAAGAGAAAAGUCAGGAAUAUGUGCGAGAGUUCUCGCGAAGGUUUGGUGCUGAAUCCGUGGUGGAUAAACUAUUUCGUCGACGAUCACGAAGAAAUACCUCGGUAGAUGUAGCCACUUCCGUGAUAACGGGCGUUCCGUCGGAUCACCUACGCGUUCUGGCAACCCUAAUGUCAACCUACCCACUUGCUCUGAUAUUUCGUAGUCUUCCCCCGAAAAAUCAAAAUCUUAAGCAUCUUUUCAGUCUAACCUUCGCUAUACUAGUCAUGUUUGGAAUGUUUGACGUGGCUAAUACAGCGUCAAUGUCGCGUUUUGUUACGGGGGUUUAUGGGUUCUUGGCAUGUGCGUUGCUUUGCUAUGUCGUCACAGUGUAUGUGAAAGGAAAAUGGGCACCGAGAAUCGUUUUUUUUUUGGCAAUGGGUCAUUUGAGCAUUAGCCAUAUUUAUCGUCAGUUAUCCCGAACUUCCUCUGAUAAAUUUGACUUAACGGGGCCACAAAUGAUUCUCGUGAUCAAAUUGACCACUUUUGCAUAUAAUGUUUAUGAUGGUCAAAAACCAACUCAAGUGAGUUUUGAAUUAACACCAUAUCAACAAAGUAAACGUAUCACGGUCAUGCCAUCAUUACUUGAAUAUCUUGGCUACGUGUUUUUCUUUGGUGAUUUUUUAGUUGGUCCGGCGUUCGAGUUUAUGGAUUAUCGUCAAUUUAUCACAAUGGAUAUGUACAGAAUUUCAUCAAAAAAUCGGGAGCAACAUAAUAAUGAGGUUAAGCAGAGCCGGAAAAACAACAUUCUUAGUCAAAUUAACGGACAAAUACUAGAUAAACAAAAAGAUGAUGAUAAUGACGAUGAGAAGAAGAAUCUUUACUAUAUUCCAAAUGGAUUUUAUCCGGCUAUGCAAAAAUUGAUGUUUGGGCUGUUUUGGAUUGCAUUAAAUAUGUUGAUGGCGAAGGAUUUCACGAUUGAAUGGACGUUGAGUGAAGAAUUUAAAAAAAGAUCGUUCUUGUAUAGAUUCUAUUAUAUACAAAUUGCUGCAUUCUGCGCCCGAUUCAAAUAUUAUGUUGUGUGGCUGAUCGCUGAAGGAGCUUGUAUUCUAUCAGGAUUAGGGUUUAAUGGAUACGACGAUAAAGGAAAUGUUAAAUGGAAUCGUGUCACAAAUAUUGACGUCAUUGCCUACGAAACAGCUGAUAAUAUCAAGACUCUGUUGGAAGCAUGGAACAUGAAUACGAACAAAUGGCUGAAAAAUUACGUUUAUUUACGCAUAACACCAUCUGGCAAGAAACCAAGCUUUUUCUCGACUUUUGCCACGUUUGGGACUAGUGCUUUAUGGCAUGGAUUUUUCCCAGGCUAUUAUCUAACUUUUGUGAGUGGUGCAUUCGUGCAGAGUACACACAGAGCCAUAAGACGCAACAUUCGUCCACUCUUUCUCACACCAAAAUUAUCAUCAUACAAACGAAUCUACGACUUAACUGGUUGGUUUGUCACGCAGACCACCAUAAACUACCUGAUCGUCCCGUUCAUUCUUUUAUCCCUCCGACAAUCUCUCUACGUCUGGAAACUAAACUACUUUACUCCACACAUUGGCGUCAUAUUGAUCAAUGUGUUGUUCGCAAUGGGUACCGGUAGGCUGUUGAUGAAAGCGUGUGGGCUAUUGUCAGACAGAAAAGUUUUGUUGAAACAAACGGAGAAAAUAGAAAACGUGCCUGAAACUGGAUUUCCUGAUAACUAG